UGGGGAGCGGCUGCCCCCGUCCAUGGCUUGGCCUCCCCCGGGCAGCAGCAGCUCCGGCUCCCGGGGAGGAGGGGCAGGAGCUGCUGCUCCAUGGGGAGGAAGAGCAGCCCCCGAUCCCCCCGGGCGGAGGGGGGAUCCCGGGCCGCCUCCCCCCCCUCCUCCUCUUCCUCCUCCCCCCCCUCCUCCCCGCUCUGGGCCUUACCCGAGGAGCUGCUGCUCCUCAUCUGCUCCUACCUGGACGUGCAGGCCUUGGGCCGCCUGAGCCAGGUCUGCCGCCGCCUGCGCUUCCUCAGUAGCCGCGAUCUCCUCUGGAAGCGCAUAGCCCGCGGGUGCCUCAAUUCCGGCUUCACCCAGCUCGGCACCGACCUAGCACCUGGCAUUCCAGUGAAGGAAAGGGUGAAAGUCUCUCAAAACUGGAGGCACGGACGCUGCCGGAGGGAGACAGUCCUGAAAUGGAAAUGCAAUUUGAUGCCCUGGAUGGAGCUGGAUGCCCAGUACCUCUAUCUGUCACAAGCCGAGAACAUCCAGGCCUACCAGCUCUGCCCAGAUGGUACAGGUUUGCAGCGUCACCCUCAGGCUAUUUUCUCUGGCCACCAGGAGGACGUAUGUCGCUUUGUUCUUGUCAACUCCCACAUCGUCAGUGGAGGGGGAGAUGGAAAUAUUGUCCUUCACAAGCUCCAUGGCUCCUACAGCGUCAAGUUCUCUGCACAUGAGCAAGAGGUGAACUGUGUGGACUUCCAAGGUGGCCUCAUUGUCAGUGGCUCGCGGGACAGGACAGCAAAGGUUUGGUCCCUGUCCGCAGGCAGAGUCGGACAGUGUCUACAUACAGUGCAGACAGAGGAUCGAGUGUGGUCCAUUGCUAUCAGCCCGUUAUUAAGCUCAUUUGUGACAGGAACGGCCUGCUGCGGACACACGUCACCUCUGAGAAUCUGGGACUUCGAGAGCGGUCAGCUGUUAACCUGCUUAGGGACUGACUUUCACCAUGGAGCUGGAGUGCUUGAUGUCUUCUAUGAAACUCCCUCCCUUCUCCUCUCAUGUGGGUAUGACACUUACAUCCGCUACUGGGACAUACGGACCAGCACCAGAAAAUGUGUCCGGGAGUGGGAAGAGCCCCAUGACAGCGCCUUGUACUGCAUAAGGACUGAUGGGAACCAUAUGAUUGCAAGCGGCUCUUCCUACUACGGAGUGGUGCGCCUGUGGGAUAAGCGGCAGACUCAGUGCCUGCAGAGCUUUCACCUGUCUUCACCCACCAGCAGCCCAGUGUACUGCCUCCGUUUCAGUACCACCCAUCUGUAUGCUGCCCUGGCAUCAGCCUUGCACGUCCUUGACUUCACGGCCUCAUGAAGGGCACCGUGACCGCUUCUGGUCGCCCCAACUCAGCAAUGUUGACACUUGGUUCAGGGAAAAGCAGGGCAGGAGAGGUGAGAGAGGCCCCAAGGCAUCUACAGAUUCUUUACUUGCCAAAAGGCUAUGUUAAAGAUUCCAGAAGGGGCAAGGCUUAACAACUUCAUCUGCCCUUUAGUGGAAAUAAAGGCCAAUUGUCCUUUCCUUUUUUUAUUUUGUGCAAGUCAGGGUCUGUAAUAUUAUCUGUUCUUG